GGCUGACUCCCGCCGCCCCCCGACGGCAGCGCUCCACGCCCGGGGGCGCCAGAGUGGCUCGUCGCCGCCGCCAAGUCCCGGCCCCUGUCGCCGCGCGGGCCGCUUCGGGGGCCCCGGCCUGACUCGCCACAGUGCUGGGCACCUUGGAAAUGGGGCGCUGCAUGGACGCCCCAGCCAGCGCCGCGGCCGUGCGCGCCUUCCUGGAGCGCGGCCACACGGAGCUGGACACGGCCUUCAUGUACAGCGACGGCCAGUCCGAGAGCAUCCUGGGCGGCCUGGGCCUCGGGCUGGGCGGCGGCGACUGCAGAGCAAAAGUCACCACCAAGGCCAAUCCCUGGGAAGGGAAAUCGCUGAAGCCUGACAGUCUCCAGACCCAGCUGGAGACAUCACUGAAGCGGCUGCAGUGCUCCAGGGUGGACCUCUUCUACCUGCAUGCCCCUGACCACGACACCCCCGUGGAAGAGACGCUGCGUGCCUGCCACCAGCUACACCAGGAGGGCAAGUUUGUGGAGCUUGGCCUCUCCAACUAUGCUGCCUGGGAGGUGGCCGAGAUCUGUACCCUCUGCAAGAGCAGCGGCUGGAUCCUGCCCACCGUGUACCAGGACAUGUACAAGGCCACCACCCAGCAGAUGGAAAUGGAGCUCCUUCCCUGCCUCAGGCACUUUGGAUUGAGGUUCUACGCCUACAACUCUCAGGCUGAUCUAGACGCCAUCCAUGGAUUGCUGGAAAGCUCCUAUUGAAUCUUUCUACAUUAAUGAAGAUGAGCCUCCAAGACUACAAGAUGCCCCACUGAGGGACCGGAAGGCCACAUGCAUGCUAAGAGGUUGGCUUCUCAGCGCCUCAGGGACCGGCGUGGGGAUACCUGCCCUGGGGUAACCUCCUGGCACUGACCGCUGUGCCACCCUCCCCACCUGCCCAGCUUCUGGAAGGAACACCACUUCAAGACCAUUGCCCUGAUGGAGAAGGCCGUGCAGGCUGCACACUGCGGCAGCGCCCCCAGCUCCAGGUAACCCGCUGUCCCGGACGUGUUUUUCCCCUUUCUUGUUUGGUGGGCUGAGGGGGACAACGGAAGAGAGAGGACUACACAAUUAUUUGAUGGUUUCUGAGAUUAUUCCUUUCUUCCAGUAUUUCUUCAUGCUAAUCCGGUUUCCUUAAUGCCACAUUAUGCACUCUACUGGCCCUAGAAGUGUGAUUAUCCCAAUUUUACGUGUGGGGAAACAUUUCAGAGGCUGUUAAGGUCCCGCAGCUACAUGAGCACAGAUUGGACUCUGAAACGGACACUUUUUAGCCAUUAGCGUUUGUUCUGUCCCAGGGGGCACACUCCGCAGAGUCUGACUCUGUGCCUGGCAGGGUUCCCCUCUCUGCUGUCCCGUGUGUCCCUAACACCUUCCUCUGGCUCGAGCCAUGGCCUACUGAGGGCUGCCCUUUCUUGAGCGGGUAAGUGCCAGGCCUGAAGUAACUCCUUCACAAAAUUUUAAUUCCCACAGCCACCCUGCAUAGUAAAGAAGUCUGAAGCUCGGGGAGGUCAAGUGACUAACCCAGGUUUACCCAGCUGCCGAGCAGCGCAGGGGAGUGCCUCUGAACUCACGUCUGCCUGCAGAGGAGUCUGCAGAGGCAAGGCUUUCAAGACAUAAAUUGUUUCUGGAAUAAUGUAGGAUGUAGGCAGACAUCCGAUGCCAGGUCUCGGCAGGGGCGGGGCAGGGCUGGUUGCUAUGGUCCAUUAACGGUUCCCAUGUGGCUGUCUCCCCUUGCAAGGUGCUCAUGGGGGGGUGCAGUCAUCCUGGGCAUGUCCAGCCUGGAGCAGCUGGCACAGAACCUGGCGACUGAGGAACGGCCCCUACAGCCCCCCGUCAUGCAGCCUGGCACCCGGCUGUCACCAACGUCCCGAUGACUUCUGCUAGGGCCAGUGCUGGCUUGAGGUGGCAGAGGGCCUCGUCUUUCACACUUUCACCCUGGGCCUUAAACGGCUUUAGUGAGCCUGUUUUCUCUCCCCAGUCCCAGUUCACAAGCUGUUUAUUUCCUCUAUUCCCACAGUGCCCCCAGCUGCCUUCACGUGAAAGGGCUGGGGCUGUGGUCCACUCGGCCACUUCCUGCUUGGACAAAGCGGGUGCUAGACCUGGCUGCCCAGCCCGGGAGCGAACCUGGUGAAUCUGUUUCCUCUGCUGCCUGCAGCCUGGUUCCUGUCCUUGCCGAGGGCUUGGGGGGAGAGGGCAGGAGCACGGAUUAGGCUUCCCAGCCUCCUGUCCUGAAUCCAGCCUGAUCUCUCGACACUGCGGCUGGAGAUGGCACUCAUGCUGCUACACACAAAAGAGAAAGAGGGCCACACAUCCCGAAGAUUUCCUGUCACUCAGAGAUCCUUCGCGGGAUACUCGCCACCAAGAACAAUUUAGCCAAGGACCCCUCUCGUGAUUUUCCUGUCUGAAGACCUCAACGUUCACAGUAUUCUGACUACCAGCCCGUGGGUGUUACGUGACCCACUGAGCGCCCCAAUCUGGAAACGUGGAAGAGGCACAGUCACCGGUCUGAGCCACACCAGGACUCACUCGUACCGUCAGAGACUCACCCGAGGGGCAGGAAGGCCCUCUUCCCGCCACCUGCUCACCGGCUGUGCUUCCAGGCGUUCCGGAUGUCCUUCAGCUUGCUGUUCCUCAUGUUGGCCACGGAGAAGAUGAAAAGGUACUUGUAUGUGUCCACACAUUUCCGAAGCUGCGGGACAAUUCAUGGGGUUCUGGAGUUCAAGGGGCAGCACGGGUUGGGCUUCAGAUGGGAAAAAAUCUGCUCUAGGUCCCUAACAACCGUGGACGUUUAGAGCUGGAGGCUCUAAUCUCGUCAUUUCCUCCUUACUUCCAUUACUGAAGUCAUGAUCGCGGACUACAGGGGCUCCCCCGAGGCAAAGCAGGCGUGAUCUCAAAGCGCAGGGGCAGCUGGGCCAUGGGUCAACAUCUGUUAACAUGGGUUAUCUGUGGCCAUGAGUGGAAUGGAUCGCUUUGCUUUGCCCGUUAACUGACAACCCAGAAACGCUCGGCCAUACUUGGAAGGCUCCUGUGAAAUGGAAAUCUGUAACACCUUAUUAUUUACUAAGAAGAAGCGGCUCAUCGGCCCUGCUCUGCCCACAGUGCUGGCUGCAGCCAUGACACGGUCUCAUGGAAAAGGAAUCACUGUGCUGGAGGACAAUCUACUGUCAUCCAGCUUGCAGCCUUGGAGCAAUGUAGACAGGGGGCUGGCUGGUACACUUACAUCUAGUAACCCCAGAGCUUUUUUUUUUUUUUUUUUUUUUGAGAGAGAGAGAGAGAGAGAGAGAGAGGCAGGCAGGGCUCACCCAAAGCCUUGAGCUCACCUGACCUGAUGUGGGGCUCAAACUCACAAACUGUGAUCAUGAGCUGAGCCAAAGUCAGAUGCUUAACGACUGAGCCACCCAGGUGCACCCCCACCUUUCAAAAGUAAAUUCUAUGCCCGUCAUGAGACCUGAACUCAUGACCCUGAGAUCAAGAGUCAUAUGCUCUACAGACUGAGCCAGCCAGGUGCGCUGUGAUUGUACAGCUUUUUGACACUGGGCAGGCUACCAAAUCUAAGUUUCUGUUACCUAGAUGCAUAACAGUGAUCAUUAUUCAUAGACACGUAUGAAUGAAGUGGAACACACGUGGAGUACUUAGUGGGGUGCCAUGCACAGAGUAAGAGCUCUGUGAAAACCAGAAAUCGUUACUACGGGGGUUUUUAUUGGGUGCUGUUGCUGGAGGAAAAAGGGCUGAACCGGAAAAAGGGCUGAACUGUGGUGGUUGUGGGGUGUGUGUGUGUGUGUGUGUGUGUGUUUUAAAAAACAGUAUGAGGGGGCGCCUGGGUGGCGCAGUCGGUUAAGCGUCCGACUUCAGCCAGGU